UGCCGAUGCUGAUAUUUGGACUGACGAAGAUCUACUCAUAUUCUUAGGGGAUGAGCCCUCCUCUCCGGAGUCUAGCCAGGACCCAAUGGUUAAGAUACAUGAUGGGUGUCCACCACCCCAUAAAAAACGUCGCACCCAGAAAGCUGAGGCUAAUCAAUUUCGAACGAAGCUUCGGUCAAUGAUGGGAAGGUUGGUGCAAAAGGCCCAAGUGUCCCAAGUUGAAUUUUCCAGCUUCAAGUUCCAUGAUGCUGUGAAAGAGCGGGCCUAUCGGCACCUCACACCACCUCAUUGGAACCAAUCAAUGGAGAACUUGCGUGAGUGGCUUGAUCCCAACCAACCCCGGUUGGCAGAGGCCUUAUACCAGUCUGUGAUGCAGUUUGGGAUGGCUGUCCCCCUUAAAAUGGGAAAAGGGGCGGACAAAAAAGGGCGAGAUCAAGAGGAAUCAUAUCAUGUAGUGGCGGGCCAGCUGGCUGGUAAUGUUAAGUUGGUUUCAGCUUGGCAUGCCGUGGGCCAACAGAACAAGGAACCUGUUAUUUCCGCCGAUGUUAUUUCCAGUGCCCAACAAUUUUCUCUCUCCACCCAGCUGGUAUCCGAUCUCGAACUCUUGAACUUGAGAGUCAAUGCUCUUUUGGAAUUUGUAGACCCGCCGCAAUUCUUGGCUAUGACUAAGUUUGCGGUGGCUCUCCGCAAUAAACUAAACCACGCUCUACGAUCCAUAUACCUCAGAUGGGAAUUCGACCAAGGCUACAGAAUGGAUUGCGAAUGA